CGGUGCGACGAGCAACCGUACGCAACGGCGCACCUGCCUCAUCAACCAUACACAUACAUACAUCCCACGCUCUCUGCCGCACACAGGCCAGGCACACACGCCCCGCGCUCCGCCCGCCUACUCUUCACCCAGCAAGAACUCAUGGAGGCGUCGCGGGUGAAGCCGGGGUUCAACGGCGUGGGCAUGGCUGCUGGCUCCGUGAACGGCAGCAGCCGCCGGCCCGGCCCCGGCCUCGGCUACGGCUACGGCUACUACAUGGGCUCCGGCGCAGCGGCGGGCGGAAGCGGCAGGGCGGCGCAGGCGCCGGUGGACGGGUGCAGCGUGGCGCUGCGCGUGUUCGUGGUGGCGUCGACGCUGGUGUCCGCCGUGGUGAUGGGCGUGGACCGGCAGACGAGGACCAUCCAGAUCACCAUCACCGACGCGCUGCCGCCGCUGGAGGUGCCCCUCACCGCCAACUGGUCCUACUCCUCCGCCUUCGUGUACUUCGUGGUGGCGAACGCGAUGGUAUGCCUGUUCUCGGCGGCGGCGCUGGCGGCGUGCCGGAGCCGGGCCGCCAUGGUGCCCGUCAUGGUGGGCGACCUGCUGGCGCUGGCGCUGCUCUACUCGGCCGUGGGCGCCGCCGCCGAGUUCGGCAUCCUGGGCGAGCGCGGCAACUCGCACGUGCGCUGGGCUAAAGUCUGCAACGUCUACGGCCGCUUCUGCGACCGCGCCAUGGCCGCCGUCAUCGUCUCACUCAUCGGCGCCUUCGCCAACCUCGUCCUCCUCAUGCUCAACAUCCUCACCAUCCAUAAGAGCUCAUCCUACUACUAGCUAGCUACUAGUAUAGAGAAGAGGGGCAGGCAGAUCUAGAAGAGAAAACCAUAUAGUGUAAUUAAGCUACUAAUAGCUGUCGCUGGGAAUUAAAGAUAGACAGACUAUGCUUGCUUGCAUCGGAUGCCAAUUAUAUUGGAUUGGAGACAGGUAAUGGACACACUUACUUUCAGUAAUUAAUUUCUAUCUAGCCAUCAGAAUUACUACAUACAGUACUGUACUAGUAAUUAACAAGUAUAGCUAACAGGUUGUCCUAUACUCAAAUAACAUGAUCUGGUGAAGUCGUGACGAGGUA